GGUUUUACUGACUGCUCUUCCCUACUGACACAUCGGCGUGUUCACACCGGGGAGAGGCCGUUCACUUGCUCAGAUUGUGGGAAGGGAUUCACUCAGUCCUCUUCGCUGGUGGCGCACAAGCGGGUUCACACCGGGGAGAGGCCGUUCACCUGCUUCAAGUGUGAGAAGCGAUUCAGUCGGUUAUCCAGCCUCCUAAAACACGAGCGAAUUCACACCAGGCAAUGGCCUUUCACCUGCUCCGAGUGCGGGAAGGGAUUCAGUGCUUCGUCCAGACUGCUGGCGCACCAGCAUGUUCACACCGGGGAAAGGCCGUUCACCUGCUUAGUGUGCGGGAAGGGAUUCACUCAGUCUUUCCACCUGCUAAAGCACCAGCGAGUUCACUCUGGCGAGAAGCCAUUCACCUGCUUCACGUGUGGGAAGCGAUUCAGUCAGUUAUGCAGCCUUCAAAAACACGAGCGGGUUCACACUGGGCAAUGGCCGUUCACCUGCUCAGAGUGCGGGAAGGGAUGCAGUACGUUAUCCAGGCUUUUGGCACACCAGCGGGUUCACACCGGGGAGAGGCCGUUCUCCUGCUCCGUGUGUGGAGAACGAUUCAGCGAUCCAUCCAGCAUGCGGAGACACCGGCGGGUGCACACCCGGGAGAGGCCGUUCAGCUGCUCUGAGUGCGGGAAGGGAUUUGCUCACUCCUGUAGCCUCAGGAAACACCAGCAACUUCACACCGGGGAGAGGCAGUUCACCUGCAUUGAAUGUGGGAAGGGAUUCACUGAAUCGACCAGACUGUUAAUCCACCAGCGCAUUCACACUGGAGAGAGACCAUUCCCCUGCACUGUGUGUGGGAAAACAUUUAGGGAUUCAUCCGCUGUGCUGAAACACCAGCGAAUUCAUACCGGAGAGAAACCAUUCACCUGCUCUGUGUGUGGGAGGGGAUUUAUCCAGUCAUGCAAGUUGCGGAGACACCAGAGAGUUCAUCAGCCACAGUUGGAUUCUGCUGUCCUUGCUGCUGAGAAUCAUAUCCAGGACUGA